AUGUCGGAAGAGUACAUGAUCAAGCCAGAGGCCGUGGCUCCCUCCACGAGCACUGCAGACUGGCCGCUUUUGUUGAAAAACUACGACAAGUUGCUUGUCCGUCUGGGCCACUACACCCCCAUCCCAGCAGGGUCUUCGCCAUUGAAAAGAGACUUGAAGUCGUAUAUUUCUUCUGGUGUGAUCAACUUGGACAAGCCUUCGAACCCAUCUUCGCACGAAGUCGUCGCUUGGAUCAAGCGUAUCUUGAGAGUAGAGAAAACCGGUCACUCGGGUACUUUGGACCCUAAAGUCACGGGAUGCCUUAUUGUGUGUGUUGACAGAGCCACUCGUCUUGUGAAGUCCCAGCAAGGUGCUGGUAAGGAGUAUGUGUGCAUUGUGCGUUUGCACGAGGAGCUCGAGGAUGCUAAGGAGAUGGGCCGUGCGUUGGAGAAUUUGACCGGUGCUCUUUUCCAGAGGCCUCCCUUGAUUUCUGCUGUCAAGAGACAGUUGAGAGUGAGAACUAUCUACGACUCCAAGUUGAUUGAGUUUGACAACAAGAGGGGCCUCGGUGUUUUCUGGGCCUCCUGUGAAGCCGGUACCUAUAUGAGAACCUUGUGUGUCCAUUUGGGUAUGUUGUUAGGUGUUGGUGGACACAUGCAAGAGUUGCGUCGUGUGAGAUCGGGGGCCAUGGACGAGAACGACAAUUUGGUCACUUUGCACGAUGUCUUGGACGCCCAGUACGUCUACGACAACACCAGAGACGAAUCCUAUUUGCGUAAGAUCAUCCAGCCUUUGGAGACUUUGCUUGUGGGCUACAAGAGAGUCGUGGUGAAGGACUCUGCCGUGAACUCUGUUUGUUACGGUGCCAAGUUGAUGAUUCCUGGUUUGUUGAGAUACGAGGACGGCAUCGAGUUGUACGACGAAGUGGUGCUCAUGACCACCAAGGGUGAGGCCAUUGCCAUUGGUAUUGCUCAGAUGACCACCGUCGACUUGCAGUCGUGUGACCACGGUGUUGUGGCCAAGGUUAAGAGAUGCAUCAUGGAAAGAGACACUUACCCAAGAAGAUGGGGUCUUGGUCCUGUUGCCCAGAAGAAGAAGCAGUUGAAGGCUGACGGUAAGUUGGACAAGUACGGUAGAGUCAACGACAACACUCCAGAGUCCUGGAAGGAGGGCUACAAGGACCACGCCGACGAGCCUGCUCCUCCAGUGCCAGAGUCCAAGAAGGCUGCUCCAGAAAUACAAUUGCCAAAGAAGUCUGAGCCGGAAGAUGUGAAGAUGGAGUCUGACGAUGACAAGAAGGAGAAGAGCGAGAAAAAGGAAAAGAAGGAGAAGAAGGAGAAGAAAGACAAGAGUGAAAAGAAGGAAAAGAAGGAAAAGAAAGAAAAGAAGGAGAAGAAGGAGAAGAAGAGAAAGGCCGAGGAUGAUGAGCCCGAGAAGAAGAAGAAGUCGAAGAAGUAA